UCUUAAUUUUAGGUGCUACUUUAAUGAAAUGAAAAACUAUGCGGAAAUGGCCGAAACGCGACUCGCUCUCAGCGAAAUGGAAGCAGCAGAAGCAGAAGUCGUAUGGAACAGAAAAACAGUUCCAAAGGUCCUCAAAAUCGUGAGCACGAGACUGUUACAGAGAGAUCUCGUCUCUCUCCUUCUCGUCAGCCCAUGGCUUUACCGCUCUCUUGUCUCCUAUCCCUCUAUCUGAGUCUGGAUUUUUCUGAAAUGGGUAAUGCUGGAAAUCGGGUUGUAGCUGCUCUUUCACUGCCGAGAUAUUGUUAUGUGAAGCACAUAAAGCUUGAAUUUGCGCAAGAUAUUGAAGACAAACAUCUCGAACUCCUUAAAAUCAAGUGUUUGGAUUCUCUUCAAAAUCUGGAGUGUCUGAAUCUGAAUGGCUGCCAAAAGAUCUCCGAUAAGGGAAUUGAAGCUAUAACCAAUGCUUGUCCUACGCUAAAGGUCUUCUCUAUCUAUUGGAAUGUGAGGAUAACAGAUAUGGGAAUAAAGCAUCUGGUGAAGAACUGCAAAUAUGUAACUGAGUUGAACUUAAGUGGCUGUAAGAAUAUUUCGGACAAAAGCUUGCAAUUAGUUGCUGAGAAUUACUCAAAAUUAGAGUUGUUGAACCUGACUAGGUGCACAAAGUUAACAGACCAUGGAUUGCAGCAGAUACUGCUCAAAUGCUCCUUUCUCCAGAGUCUAAACCUCUAUGCCCUUUCUGGCUUCACAGAUUUAGCUUACAAGAGUAUAUCACUUCUGACCCAGCUUAAGUUCUUGGACCUCUGUGGUGCCCAGAAUCUAUCAGAUGAGGGACUUGCCUGUGUAGCUAAAUGCGUGAACCUUGUAUGUCUUAAUUUGACAUGGUGUAUCCGAGUCACUGAUUUGGGAGUCAUAUGCAUUGCACAGGGUUGCACUUCUCUUGAAUUUCUUAGCUUGUUUGGAAUAGUUGGAGUGACUGAUAAGUGUCUGGAGGCCCUCUCAAGGUCCUGCUCAAACACAAUUACAACCCUUGAUGUGAAUGGAUGUAUUGGCAUUAAGAGACGCAGUCGUGAUGAAUUGCUUCAUUUGUUCCCCCAUCUGAAGUGCUUCAAAGUGCACAGCUAAUAGAUGGCGGGAGGAAAGUGGAAUUAACGGGACCAUCUUCUUGCAACCAAGGUAUUGUAUCUGCUUAGCUACCGUAUAUAGAUGGAGUCGUGAUGAAUUGCUUCAUUUGUUCCCCCAUCUGAAGUGCUUCCAGGUGCACGCCUAACAUGUGGAUUGUGGAGCGAGGAAAGUUGAAAAUAACAGGACCAUCUUUUUGCAAACAGGGUAUUCUAUAUGCUUAGCUACCAUAUUCCUUGAAUGGUAAACAGCACUAUCGUAAAGGAUAAGAACGAUGUACCCAUAAAUGCUCUUUGCCUUGUGCUCUACUUGAUCUUCAUUUUAUCUUGAUGACGUUCACCCUUUUAUGAUUA